AUGUCUCAACAAAGACAAUUGCCCUAUUCGGUUAUUCUACUUAUUUUGGGAUUUACUUUUAUAAUUUACUUAGUUUCUCCCACAACACUCCUCAAUCUGUUCUAUGGAGAAUUUGAUCCUUAUCUAUCGGCGGACCGGAAAGUUGUCGUUUACGAGAAAAUGAUUGAGGCAUUGAGGAAUAUGGAUAAAUAUUGUAAAGAUCGAAGGUUCUAUUGCAAACGGCCCGAAACUCGACAUGUGGAUUGCAGACGGGUCCUUCGAGGGGAUAAGGCUUAUCUCCAAUCUCUCACUGGCAUCAAUCGGAUCCCCUUAAUCGAAAACCCGUUUCUAAACCUGACCUGCUCCGCUAUCAAAAACCGAAUCAUACCGAAAUCUUCUCAAUUCAAGCUUCUAAUGCUUAAUGGCACUGCAUUUGCAAGAAUUGUGUUCGCCGACUAUGAGUUUAUUGAGAAACAAGUACAAGCUUCCUAUCACCCGCAAAACUUCUUCUGCUUUGCAGUCGAUGCGAAUUCUUCCGCAGAGUUUCAGAAAAGAAUGAAGGCACUUGAAAGGUGUCUGCCUAAUGUAUUUGUACUGCCAGUCACUGAAUCCUACGAUAGCAAGGGCCAUAACAUCAAUUUGGCACAUUACAACUGCAUGAAGAGACUUGAGGCUUCACGUGGAUGGGGAUACCUGAUGCUUCUGCAAAAUCAUGAUGUUAUCACUAAAUCAGUAUAUGAGUUGGAUCGAAUAUUCGAUUUGCUCGCCGGAGCCAACGAUGUGUUCAUGUCCAAAGAGAUUCCAGGAAGGAGGAAUAAACAUUCAAAGUGGGAUUUGAAAUCUUUGAGACUUUUUCGAAAUGAAUCAAGAAAUUCGGAUUACGAACUUGAAAUUUCAAGUGGUUUUGUGCAGGCGUCGCUGUCGAGAGCUGUAGUGGAAUGGUUGGUGAAUGAAGUUGAUGUAUCGAUUCUUUUGCAGCAAUUUCCGGAAUAUGGCGCUGAUGAGCAGUUUAUCUCAACUUUCCAAUCGAACCAGGAUUUCAAAAUGCCAGGUCAUUUUACAAAUGAAUGCUUCCACAAUGACACAUCUGUUUCCUUUAUUUCAAGAUUCUCGCGUUGGGUACCCAUAAAUCUCGAGAGAUCUUCCAAUUGUGCCUCUGGUACCGUAAGACAUGAUAUUUGCAUUUUCGGGAUUGAAGACUUCCUCGCAGUUUCAAAAUAUCCCACUCUGAGUUUUAAUAAGAUGCUUCCAGCAUUUGAUUUUUCCAUUAUAGAGUGUACCGCCGAGCUUUUGCAUAACCGGACCUAUUUGGGACAAAGGGAUUAUAACUUGGAAGAUGAUAUUUAUAAAAAUUUAGUUUCAGUUCAAUACCAUGAAAAUCAUAAAAAAUCGGACUACAAAUUGAAUUGCACUUCGAAUUUCAAACCUUGGAACUAUCUAGAUUACCUUUAA